UAGUCAUUGACUUGUCACGUCCUACGUCACGAUUAUUUAGAUUUCAUUGUCCACUUUGGAGAUUGCAGGGGAGAAGAUGCCUGCCGCUCUGGAAUGGGAUGACCUGAAGAGCAUUGAUCCAGCCACCCUCCACGAACGUUACAAGGAUGAAAUCGACGGUGUCAUCGAGCUUCUCACUUUGGCAGAAGAAUGGGAGGUGGAGCACCAAGAUCAGGAGGACGUUGUCCAUGUACUGCAAGUCUUCCAGGCCCUGCUCAAGAUGAAACAUCAAGAAGCUUCUCUCGCUGAAGAACUAGUGGAAGAGCAGGAAAAGAAUGAAACUAAAAUUCUUGCCAAGGUGUCGAGACUGGAGGAAGAACUGGAGAAUGUGGCCGGCGGCCCGGACAACCGCCUGCUGAGAAAUGAGCUGCGGCAUCUGAAAGGCGAGCUGAUGCGCAAGGAGGAGAUGGUGCACCAGCUGAAGAAAGAAAUGACAAGAGACAAGAAGGCCACAGAGAACUUGUUUCUGCGAGCACAAGCAGCAGAAGAUGACCUGAAGAUGUUGAAAAGAGAGAACUCGCAGCUCCUGCAGGAUGUGGACUUUUAUCACAGAGAGCUGGAACGCAAGGAGUCGGGUCCGUCCAGAGACGAGAACGCCGAGACUCUGAAGAAGCUGAGCUCGGCCAACCGCCAGCUCUCCCAGUGCCUGGACGAGCUGCAGCAAGCGGAGGAAGAAAUCUCCCAGCUGAAGAAAGACAAGCAGCACAUGCAGAAAUGUCUGAUGGAGUCUGCCAAGGAGAUGGAGAAGAUGAGCGACGAGUACGACCAGAUGAAGAUGGCCGUCUAUCAGUGUGACUCCACCACAGACCAGCUCAGGAAAGAGAGGGAUCGUGCCGAGCUGCAGGUCCGAGAGCUCACACAGAAGAUUAACGACAUGACACAAGAGGAUGACCCCAUCAUGGCAGCGGUGGACGCCAAAGUGGACGAAUGGAAGAAAGUGCUCUCUGGAAAGGAUGAAGAGAUUUUGGAGUACCAGCAGAUGAUCCGAAAUCUUCAGCAAAAGUUGCGCAUAUUUCAGUUGGACUUGGACAGAAGCAACAUUAUUGCCUUGCAGCAGGCCGUGGAGGAUCGAGAUGAUCAGAUCCAGAUCCUGAGAGAGCAGGUGGAGCAGUAUACAGGGGAAAUGGAGAAGCAAACCCUGCUUAUGGAGGGUCUGAAGCUGUCUAAGAAGGAAGGUGGAGCGCAAGUCCGGCAGAAAAAGAUGGAGGUGCUCCUGUCCAAGCUGGAAGCUGCAAAGAUGCAAGCAGCAGAAGCAGAGGAGGCUUUAAAAGAAGCUGAAGCUCACGCUGAAGAAAAGGACAAGGAACUCAUAGAGGCGUCACAGCGCUUGAGAGAGUACGAGUCUGGAAUUUAUGGCCUGGAAGAAGCAGUUGGUGAGAUUAAGGAGUGUAAAGAUGAAAUGAGAAGGAGAGAGGUGGAUUUAGAGAGCAUGACAAAAGAGAUCAACCAACUGUACAUCACAAUCAACCAGCUUAUGGAGGAGAAUGAGGAUUUCAGAGAAAGACUUGGCUACGGACCCAGAGAGGAAGUGGAUCUGACAGAGUUCAGACGAAGCAAAGGACUCCAACAACGGCAGUACAAAGCGGAAAAUCAAGUUCUGACUAAAGAAAUUGAACGUCUUGAAGAGGAACGAUUGGAAAUGAAGAAACAAGUUAGACUCCUGGCCAAGCACAGAGGACUGCCACAGUCCAUUUUAGUGGAGGAGGAUGUCACACACGCUAAAAGAGGGCAGCACACUGCUAAACACAGCAGCACUUACAUGGAUGAAGAGCUCCGAGCCAAGAAUGAACACUUGGAAAAAGAAGUGAAGAUGCCAAACAAAGAGAUGGAACUUCAAAAUAUUCAGUUUCGGCUCGAAAUGGAUCAACUGGCCAAAGAGAAAGGUGACAUGGAGGCUAGACUCGUAGAUGUCCUCCAGGCCUGGAAGACUAACACAGACACAGAUGUUCCCUGUCUGAACAAGCUGGCAAACGUUUUUGUCCCGGAGAACGGCAUGAGCCUCCAACAGGAGCUGGCAAAAGCCCUCCAGGAGAGGAUGAAAGCAGAGGAAGAGAGCAGGAGGACAAAACAAAGGGCAGACUAUCAGGAACAGCGGCUUCAAGAGAUGAGGGAGGCUUGUAAAGGUUUGGAGGAGAAAUUAAGGGAGACAGAAAUUGAGCUGAGGUGUCGUGAGGGUGGACAAGUCACAAAGAACAUGAUUAGCCUCCAACAGGAGCUGGCAAAAGACCUCCAGGAGAAGAUGAAAGCAGAGGAAGAGAGCAGGAGGACCAAUCAAAGGGUAGACAAUCAGGAACAGAGGCUUCGAGAGAUGAAGGAGACUUGUAAAGGUUUGGAGGAGAAAUUGAAGGAGAAAGAAAUGGAGCUGAGGUGUUGUAAGGGUGUUUUGUCCAAGGAGAAACUGAACCGCCAGCUCCCAGCUGCUGGGAGAACAGAAUGUUUCCUCUCUGAUCUUGUUGGAGAGCCAGACGGUCAGCAUGGCCUCAAGCUGGCCCAUAAGACCAUCAAAGAUCUCCAAGUCCGACUUCACCAAAAAGAGGAUUUGCUCAAGAAAUACCACAACCUGCUGACUCAAGCAGGAAAGGAUCAAGAAGAGAUGAUCAAAAGACACGCUGAGGAGAUGAAGAAGUUGCACAUGAAGUUGGACUCCAACAACCACACUGCUCUGGACUGCUUCAAACAUCAGGCUGCGGGGGCCAUGAAGAAGCCGAGCAUCGUCAUGCCAACGUCCCAACAUCUGGACCGUGUGGCUGACCUGGAGCAGACGGUGGCUGAACAGGACGUAUCACUCUUGUCCCUCAUCAGGCAGUUGAAGCAGACCUCUGCAGAGUUGGAGCGGCAGAAGAUGGCCGUGGAGACACAAGCUAAGAAAAGCGCCAAUGAGAUGUCGAGAUUGAAGAGGUCUCAUGCUGCAGAGGUGGAAGAUCUUAGCAUUGAGACUAAAGAUCAGAGGAGCCAAAUAAUGGAAAUGAAGAGGGAGGUUGAUUCCCUGCAAAAUGAACUGGAGUACCAAAAGAGUUCCAAUGCUCCAUCCCCUAGCAAAACCAUGAAGAAUUUGGUGGAACAGCUGAAAGCCCAGCUGGUCUACAAAGAGAAACAACUCAAGGCGCUCAGUAAAAUUCUGAUAGACCUGCGGGCAAAAAUGACAUCUACUGCAGAACAGCAAAUCUUAGCUGAUGCUUCACAGACUGAUGAGAAGUUUAUUGUGCAGAAGUUGGUGGAUGAGCACACCAAAGACCUGAAGGCUCAGGUGCAAGAUCUCAGCAAUGAACUGGAAGCUGCAAAGGUGUGUGCCAGGAAAAGUGAGAACACCCUGAGGAGCCGAGUGAAGGGCCUCAGCAAGAAACUGCAAAUAAGCCUAACCCAUCAAAAGUCCCUCCAAGCUCAGAAAGACGAGAGAGAACUCGAAAUCCGAGAGCUGGAGAAGCGAAUGAAGUGUCGUGGUGACUCCGCUCAGAGCAAAGAGAAAGUCCUGCAGUGGGAGCAGGGUAAGAAGCUGCAGUUGAAGUUGGAGAAGCUGAAGAACACGCUGAGUGACAAGGAACAGGAAAAUGACUCCCUGUCCAAACAGCUUCGUCUGAUAAAAGACCUCAAUGGCCGGCUGGAGAAAGAGAAGAAUUGUCUGCAGAACAAGAUGAGGGCUCAUGAUCAGGUGGUGGGCGUGAGAAGAGAAGAGCUGAUGAUGGUGGAGGAGCAAAAAGAGAAGAACACAAAGAUGGAGACUCAGCUGCUCACCAAACAACCACAGACUGGUGAGGGCACCAUGGAGGAUUUUAGUCCGAAGAGCCAAAACCUUGAAGAGAGACUGCAGUCCUUGGAGAAGCAGAUGUCCAACAUGUCCCCAGCAAGACCAGCAACAUCAGAGAAGGACGCUGAGAAUCCAUCACAGAAAGAUGAAGACUUGCAGAAACAAAACCUCAAGCUGGUCUCGGAGAACGUGGCGCUCCGCCUCCAACUUGAACAUGCCACCGUAGACCUGCCCAGAGUCUCGAAGAAGGUCACCUACCUGGAGGAGAACUGCAAAGCCCUGAAAAGUGGAAAUGCUCAUCUCCAGACCAGGCUCUCACACAUGUCAGGUGCCAGACCUGAAGCAGUCGAAUGGCGUACUCGUUCAAUGAAUUGAUGACCUCUGUGCUGCUGGGGUCCAGACCCUCAGGAAGGGCCAGAGGACGGAAGGGGACUCCACUGCUGCCCGACUUCCUCAGGUGUUCCACUUCACUUUCCAGGUGGCUCGUCUGACUCAUCAAAACACACGUGGAAGUUACAAUCAGCUUUGACAAGCUAGCUUGAUACAAAUCAGAUGAAUCGUUUUUUUAUGCUCAUUUUCAAUGCUCAAAAGAAAUGAUUCUAUAUGUUUGAGAUACUUUGUGUUUUUGACAGAUCCAAAUGAAAUUCAAAUUCAAAUUAAAGCUGCAAGCAGUGUCGGUCGGGCCCGCAUAUUUGGCAGGUACUAGUUGCUGAAGGAUGUCAAUCUAUGAAAUGUAGGUCUAAGUGAGACCUACAUAGAAGUUUUUGUUUCAUGUCUCUAAGACGUUCCUACCGGAAGUUACAAGCAGUUUUGUCUGUGUUUUCCUCCGAGGAGCAGUUUUGUCUGUGUUUUAUUCGUAGGGGGCGCUAGAGCGCAAUUUUGGGGUUCGUUUUUUUUUAUUAGAUUGCAAUUUCCACCAGUCCUGAUGUGUGUAAAAAGUUUGGUGAGUUUUGAAGUAUUUUAAGGGGGUCAAAUUACAGCUCAAAGAGGCAAAAAUGAGUGUUUUUAGUCAUUUUUUGUCUUGAAGGGGAAAUUGCCAACUUCCUGUUGAUUUUUGCCCGAAGAAAUUAAUUAAUGAAAAGUAGGUCUAAGUGAGACCUACAUAGAGGUUUUUGUGUCAUGUCUCUACGACAGUCGUACUGAGAGUUAGAGGCAGUUUUCUUCCUAGGUGGCGCUAGAGCGCAAUUUUGAGUUUUGGGGUUUGGUUUUUUUGACUAAAAUGGUUUUGUUCGCGUUUUUUUAUGUGUGUGUCAAAUUUGGUGAGUUUUGAAGCAUGUUAAGGGGGACAAAGUAGUGCGCAAAGCUGCGGAAAAAUAAUAAUAAUAAUAAUAAUAAACCUUACAAUAACAAUAGGUCCUUUCGUCCCAAUGUAAAAGGACUCCCGUGGGAUUCCUUUUACAUUGGCCGUGCGGGCCCUAAAAAGCUUAAAAAAACUAGUGCAGUAAUAACAUUUUAUGGUACAGCGGUGAGUUGCUGUGCUUUUUCAAAUGUUCUUUUAAUCAGACCAUAUUUUGGGUAUAUUACAUGGAAUUUUUUUUGUUUUGACUGUCUGCAGUCUUCUUCUGAAGGGUCACAUGACCACUGUGACUUGUUGCCUAUCAGCUGUUCUUAUAGGCGUGGCCAACCAGGCAGACCUGUCAAGUCUUACCUGGUUGGCUCCCCCUUCCCCCCGCGCCGCUUGAUGGUUCAUGGAGGAGGUAGUCCCAGGUAUGCUCCCUCAUCCAGAUUGAUGGUUUUAUUAAGCCACUUUUUUAGUUCGAUCGCCUCCUUAAUCCAUCGUUUGAAUGUGUUACUCUCCUGUGCCGAUGAUUUUGCCGUUGUCCCGGUCCAUGAUGUGGUUAUUUAUUUUGCAAUGAUCUGAUAUGGCUGAUUUUAAGAUUUCCUGUUUGGAUUUUUUGUUUUAGGCUUCUUGUAAACCUUCCAGUUGUCUCUUUAUCACAUUCUUUCUGGUGUUCUUUCUUCCUUGUGUUGAAUGUCCUCCCUGUUUCUCCCAUGUAGGAUUUUAGUUGCAUGAUUUACACGGGAUUGUAUUUCUUGUCUUGUUCUAUUUUGUCUUUCAGAUGUACAAGUAACUGUCUUGUUUUGUGUGAGGUUGAACUGUUGUGUUUAUUGUGUGUUUUUUCAUGACCCGCUGCAUUGGUUCUGUCAUCCCCCUAAUGUAUGGGAAGAUUAUGACCUCUUUGUUCUUUAUUUCAGGUUUUUCUUUGGGUUUCUUCUUUGUUCUCUUUUCCUUGUUUCUUUACUUGUUGUUCCCCCUUUUUUGAUGGCCCAGUUUUUUAAAUGUUUCUCUUCUUUUUUCCUAUCUUGUUCUUCUGUUACGAUGUUGGCCCGUUCAAAGAGUGUUCUCACCACUGAUAGUUUGUGUCCAGAAUAGACAUUGGCCGCUUUGUGUCGGUUUUUGUGGUCUGAUUACAAGAACAUUUGAAAAAUUAUAUGAAUAAGAAGACAUAACAAACCUUUUUGAGCAACGGUUAGUUGUUAUGCUUUAGAAUCUGAGAACAAAUUGAAGUUAUGAGCCUCUUUACUGCUGUAUGUGAAUGACUUUUUUUUUUUAUUAGGGAGAUUUUUAUAUGCAUGCACUGUAUCUGGUGGUGAAGGAUGCAGACUCUUCAAUAAAGCCAAAAUAUAUUUCAACCGGUAAUGUUUUU